CAGCGUACACUGCCGCAAACCGUACACAGCAGUUUUGAACCUAUAUGUUUUGAACUUUGUUCGCAUACCGUUAUCCUGUUGCAUGUAUGAUAUGUAAUAGGCUGUUGCAUAUAAUAUCGUCUGAGGCGUUUGACGCAUUCAUAAACAAAGACACACUUUUGCUUCUGUGUCGCGUCUGAAGCUCACGUUCCGUGUGAAAAGUUUCUGUCACCAUAUUAUUAAGAACAGCUGACGCUUGCCACAAACACUUAACUAUACCACGUCACUCGUCAAAAGAUCACCAGGACUGUUCGCGGUUCACCAUUGUUAUGGACCAAAACCAAGUCUCAGAGGACAGUUCGAUAUCCAACACCUAUCCAUCUUGAGUUACCGUCGAUAUUUGGCACCAUGGCAGCUGGCUUGGGUCUGCUCAAAGCUGUCCUUUGCGUCCUCAACAUUGGCGUUGUUGGCUUGGGUGUCGGUGCAAUAGUAGUCGGAGCACUGGUACUCUCCAACCCCAACUUGCAGGAAGUGAAGGAUAACUUGGAACAAUACUCAAACUACUCCACGGCUGCUGGUGUAGCUCUAGCAGCAGGUGUUGUCGUUAUCCUUUUUGGCUUGUGUGGCUGCUGUGGGGCCUGCUUUGCCAUUGGAUGGCUGCUAAUCUUGUUCGUCAUGAUCAUGGCGGCCCUUGUUGUGGUUGAAAUGACAGUCAUGGGCCUUGUUUGGAAGUACACAAGUGGAGAAGAGCUGGAAAAAACUCUGACGGACAUCCUGCUCAAGCUCAUCGAGGCCCGGAAGAGUGGCUUACCAAACUUCCUUCAUGAGAUGCAAUUAAAUUUGAAUUGCUGUGGAGCUAGGGGCCCUGAUGACUAUGCCAGAAGUGGUCUCCAGGUUCCUCAAAGCUGCUACAAUGAAGCGGAUAAGUAUGUGCCUCGUUUGCACGACAUGGGCUGUGGGAAAGCCAUCGCAAUCUUCCUUGGAGAGCAAAGCCUGAAAGUCGGGCUUGUAACUUUGGGUGUUGUGUUGGCCCAGAUCCUGGCAAUAUCAAUUGCAAUACUGCUUUACUGCAAGUUGUAGGUGACGGGCAAGUCACUGAGAAACAGCCAAGUGCCUUUUUCUGGUGCCUCACUUUUUAUGGAUGCUUUCCUUGAUCUGGCAGUGUUGCUACCAUGCCUCAGUUGAUUUGCAUUGUGACUGUGUUAGGCAGCUGAUGUUAAUUAACUCAUUUUAAUUUGUUUUAUCCCUGUUCUCUGUAAUCUUAUCGAGACCCUCAUGUGAAGAGUUCACCUGGGUACUACCAUGAAGCACAUUUAUACAAUAACAUGUUUUCUUUGUGGGACCAUUCUGGACCAUUCACAGGAUUUCGAAGUAAUGUUUUCCAAAUCCUAGUUUAGGGCAGCAAAUAGCACAAAGCCGCUCAACACUCUUCACUUCAUAAUACCCUUGCUGAGCCUUUGGAGUGAACAGAUCUCUCUCAUUUUGUGCCUGCCUUCGUUGCACGUAAUGUAUUUUUUCAAGUAUUGGGCAGCUUCUCUAAUGAGAUAACCCCCAGGGUUGUGUGCAGUGAAUGAAAAAUACGUGUAACGCAUUGUACCUCACAGUGGGACUUUAGUACCUUGGUUUUCUAGCAUAUUGCAUUUCAGUGCAACAUCGAUGCAAUGAGUUUAGUACAGUGUACGGAGAUGAUGUCUCCACACCACUCAUCAGGAACUGGGUGCUAUGUUACAUUCUGAAAGCUUCAAGUUUCAUGCUGUCAUUUCGUUCACUGUCGCUGUUGCCGGUCGUUCAUACUUUGCAAAAACUGCAUCUAACGGUGUGAGAUACUGCAUUACACAUAUUACAGCAAACACAGUGCCCAUCGAGGACAGCACCAUGUUUUUUUUUUAUAUAGCUCCCACACGAUUUGUGUACAUAAUCCAGGAGGGAAAUGUACACACUUUCCACUUCUCCCUGACACAGGGCCUCUCAGGAGUCACGCAAAUGUGAUUAUGAGACUGCACCCACAACAUAUUUUUGUAAAACAGAAACUGUUUGCAUUAAAGAAAAUGCAACCGGCUUGAAUGAAUCCUUCAGGGAAGUGACAAUAAAUACAUGAGAUGCAAGAAAAACCCAGGACUUUAAAAAUUUACAACAAGAACAAUGGACGACUUAAAUAUAACAUCCGUCCCUGACCUGUGUGUCCCCCUGAACUGCUUACCCAAACCACACAACAAUACUGAUGCCAGUGCCAAGCAAUGGCAUGUUGUCUGGGUUUCGGGUUCAGAGGGGUUCACAGGUAAAGGUCGCAUGUUAGUUACCGAGACCCACUGGCAAUGCUGAUGGGUUGGGUAACAUGUUAAGGGGGAUGCACUUGUCAGGCUUGGGUGUUAUAUUAAUGUGCUGUCCUUUGUAUGUGACAUCUAUCUUGUAUCAUGUAUGUAUGACAUCCUUUGUAUGUUGUUGCGAUUGUUCAUGUAGUAAACUCUUUAAAGCACACCUAGUCCAAUAUUUUCUCGCGUCACGUGUAUUUGUUGUCGCUGUCCUGGAUGGAUCUAUACCAACCCGCCCAAUUGUUGCUUCAUCUUGUGAAUGAAUCCAACACACUUUUUCCAUCAUGAUUUCGAAACAGUACAACACUACUGUACAAAGUGUUCACCAUUACUAAAGUGAUUGGUCUAACGAAAGACACAUUCCUUAGGAAACAACAGGAACACAUUCCUUACGAUUUUUAUUGGUGUAUUGAUGGAACAGUACUCUGUUGAAUACCGAUGAAAUGCAGCAACUGUAGCCAAAAUUUUCAUGAACUCGUAACUAACUUUGUUCUCCUGUGUCAAGCCCACAAUUGAUAAGAUAUUCUUAAUGAGUUGCGUUCUCAUUGUAUAACAACUCUCAGGCGAAUUGUUUUACAUUGAAUUGCCAGCGGUUAUAUUUGGGGAUCCCAGUUUACGGUGUCUAAUUAUUCAGCAAUUCAGUAUGUAAAAUCGGUGGAUUUUGCUCACCACAAAUCAGUUAUUAUCGGUGGAAACAUUUAAACGGGAAGUCACUCUGUGAAAAUCAUAAAGAAAUGAAACUGGAACUUCCUAUGCUUACAGCAUAUAAGACACUCUAUUUACAGUUUUUCAUUGUACUAUGCCAACAGCUAAAACCUGAACUCAUCGUAAUAGUAAUAAAUUGCCAGGUCCACAUUAAGCGAUUCAGACAACAUCACACACCACUCCUUUCAUAGCAACACUGUUAUGCUAUAAAAUACUUCUUCUACAUUAGCACUUGAUACGGAUAGUGCAAACAGGUUGAGUGCCACAGCAUGAAGCACCUGCCAUUGUUUUCCAUGAGCAGUCUAAAAUCUACUAACAAGUCUCACUUCUGGCAGUUACAUUUAUCGACAGGUACUUUGACACAACAGAGAAUAAGUGCUUAUUCCAAUGAUUACCGGUGCAUAACUACUUUCACUGACUGCAUGAAAAGAUACCGACAUACAUUUAUGUGUGCUCUUGGAUAAACACCAAAACUGAAAGCCCCAGUUACAUUGUUUCAGUACCUGUACCUAUCAGGGGUGGGUCCAGGACUUUUCUAAAAGAGUCCAGCGUUGGACAGCAUGCUACAUGCAGUUCAUUUACGGUCAAUUGAAGCAGUAUGUGAAGGUAGAAAUUGAGACUGGGUUUAGGACAUCCGGACCCUUCCUCUUGAUCCGUUCACUGGUUCCUAUAUAUGACAGAACUACUAGACAAAAUUGUAAGACGUGAUUUCCACUACAAAUGCUCCUGGCGAACAACGCACAGUGAGCUGUUGCCGAACUUGCAGUGAGAAUGAAGCUAAACCCCGUCAGUUGUGCAGCUUUGUGGUUGUUAUGGAUUGUGUUCCUAGUGCUAGCCAUUCCAAAGUAAUACGACUCCAUAUUCCUAGCACAAAUGUAUUGACUGCUAUGGAGCUUUUAAUGCGUCCAAUAUUUUUCAAGUGUCAUGAUCAAGAGCAUUUAUAUUUGUAUCCAUGUGUAAUAUGAUAUACGCUCAUAUACUGUAUAAAUAUAUAUGUAUACACACAUUGGUGUUGUUGGAAACAAUAAAUUGUUAGACUGUAAUGCCUAAGUGCAAUUAAACGUGUCAACAGACACUUUUGGGAAA